UGUUCUGCUAAAACUGCAGAGCUGCGAUUAGGCAGAAGAAAACGUUGCUUACUUGUUGGCCGGACUCCUGCAAGAGUGUCCCAUGGAUUGUGCUUUGUGUCCUAACCUUGAUGCUUGGGAUGAGCCUUGCUCCAGCCCAAAGACCAAAUUGACUGCCACUGAAUUUGAACUUGAGCAAGGGGACACCAUUCAAGUGAAAGGGAUGAUCUUGCCAGGUGCCACAGAGUUUUCCGUCAAUCUGGGCGAAGACUGUGAAAAUCUCGUCCUUCGCUUCAACCCACGCUUUGACAACCAGAAUGACACGAGCACCAUUAUCUGCAUGUCCAAAAAACAUGGGGUGUGGGGGAAAGAAGAGAGGAUAACAGACUUCCCUUUUGAGAAAGGUGGCAAAUUUAAGCUUUCCUUCAUUCUUUACACUUAUGAGAUCAAGGUGCAGCUGGCAGACGGUCAUGACAUCUUCUUCCCUAACCGGCUGGGCCUGGAGACCAUCAAGUACGUUGCGGUGGAAGGAGACGUCAGGAUGAAAGCCCUCAGAUUUCUCAGAUUAUCCUAGUCCCAAGUCACUGUUUUG